GCCCUGUUCAUUCAUUGUUCGUACAUUGGUGGUGUAAUACUUUUGUGAGAGUGCGGUUUUGUUCAUUGAAAAAUCACACCGUCGCCAUCUUUACUUUUCUUUACUAGAAAAAACUGAAAAAUUGUGAGAGUGCAUUCUUCAAUAGAAGAUAUUUUGCAAAGAUUUGAAUUAAGCUAGUACUUUGAUUCCUAAAUUAAUAAAGUACUCGCUUGUUCAGUAUUGGUUGAUUUUGUGUGCUUUAUUGAUUAGUCAGACAACUUUUGACUUCUAAAUUUAAAAUUUUGUAAUUCCGAAUGUCUCCAAGCGUUAAACAAGUAAAUAACAGUAAUAAUAAUAGAAAAAUGGCAUUCCGUGGUAACCAAAAUCGCAAUCGCAAUUUCGGCGGUAAUAACUAUGGUGGAGGCCCAAUGGGUGCCAACCGCAUGGGGAAUAUGAAUAUGUCGCCGUGGGAUACCCCAAAUUCCGGAGGUAACUUCAGUGGUGGCAACAUGCGUCAAGGCGGCGGUGGUCAAGGCAUGAAUGCGCAGGCUAUUAGUCUAGCCAACAAUUUGUUAAACAACUUGUUUAGAAAUCAAAAUCCCCCAUCACUGUUAGAUCUGCCACGUGGUGGUGGCGGCGGUAUGGGCAAUCGCAAUCAGCGCGGCGGACCGAUGGUCAAUCGUGGCGCUCCUGGCAAUCGCAUUAAUAAUCGCCGUGUUCAAGGAGGUUUUCAAAACCGUGGCGCAGCUGGUGGUAAAUCAGCUCAAAAGCAAGGCGCUGGCGGAAUUCGCAAGCAGAAUGCUUUCGAUCGUGCUAAGAAACUUUUGGCUAAAAAUGCCAACAAUAACAAAAAGAAGGAUACCGCUUCUGGCGAUAAAAAAACUGAGAGCAAGGAAUCACCCUAUGCCAGCGUACCCAACGACAUGUUCUAUUGCCAUUUGUGUAAGAAGCAUAUGUGGGAUGCCAACUCUUUCGAAAAUCACAUUAAGGGACGUACUCAUUUGAUGAUGCGUGAGGGCAUUGAAGAGAGCUACCGUUUAAAGGCCAAUAUGAUUCGCCAGGAAGCUAAGAUCGCCGAGCAAUUGAAAUCUAUUGAAUUGGAUCGUUUGAAGCGCAUGGGCAAGACCAAGCAACGCCAAUUGGAAUACUGUACUAUGUGCGAUUUGAACUUCCAUGGUCAUAUUUCUGCUCAUCGUAAAUCAGAGGGUCAUUUGAGUUUGAAGAAAUUCCUACAUCCAAAAUGUAUUGAGUGCAACAAGGAAUUCGCUACUCGUAUUGAUUAUGACACACAUUUGUUGUCGGCUGAUCAUUUGCAGAAGGCUGCUGAGAAGAAUACCAAGGUGGGUGAACGCAAACGGAAUACUUUGACUAUUCAUACGGAAGAGGAAGAGGCGAAGGACUUGCGUCCACCUCAAAAGAAGAGGAAGAGGCCAGCUGCCAAAAAGGCUGAGAAUGAAGGUGAAGUUAAGAAAGAGGGAGAAGAAGGAGCUGAAGGCGAAGAGGCCGAAGGUGAGGAGGCUGAGAAGAAAGAAGGUGAAGAGGGCGCUGAUGAAACCAAAGAGGGUGAUGAAUUGAAUGAAACUCAAGAAGAGGAAGAAGUCGCUUUGCCAGUAGACCCAGAAGAUUGCAUUCUUGAUUUUUGUGAGGGUGAUGAGAUCCCGACUGAAGUGGAUAAUCGUCUGCCCAAAUACAAUUGGACACGUUCAGUGGGUAAUGGUCUUAUCACCAAAUUGGAGUGCUUUGAGUGCUCGUUGUGUGGUAAAUUCUUUGAUACAGAAAAAACGGUGGAGGUACACUCUCGUACUGUUACUCAUCACCGCAACUUCUUGAAGUUCAUCAACGAGAAGUCGAGCGAUACUAAGAUUGCUCAGAAACGCGCAGCUGCUGCUCAAGAAGAGAGCGAGCGCAAGAAGCGUAAGCUGGAAGAAGCUGAGGCAGCAGCAACUGCUGAAGUAAAGAAUGAAAACGGCGAAGCCGCUGAGGGUGGUGAGGGUGAGUUGUAUGACCCUUCGGAAGCCACUGGGGAUGAUGAAGAUGUUGAAAUGAAUGAGAAUGGCGAAGGCGCCGAAGGUGAGGGUGAAGGUGAUGAAGCUGAAGAAGAGGGUGCUGGUGAUGAAGAAAUGGAGGCACAAGAAAAUGAGGCUGAAGCUGAACCUGAGCCAGAGCCAGAACCGGAGCCAGUUAAAGAACAACCAAAGCCCGAACCUGUUAAGACACCUGCUAAACCUGCUCCAGCAACACCUACACCAUCCACGCCUGCAGCUGAUAACUCACCAGCCAAAAAGGCAACACCAGCUCGUGCAGCCCCAAAAGCAACGCCGCGUGGUCGUGGACGUGGGCGCUACAAUCGUUACUAAGAAAAUAGUUUGGGUGUAGACAUGACAUUAUUUACAUUCGUCAGCAUUGAGACACUUUUAAACUUCAUCAAUAACAAAAAUAUAGAUUAACGUAUUACUAGAGCAAAAUAAAUAAUUUCCACUAUUUAAGUUUAGUUGUAAUUCUUUCCAACAAUUAUACCAGAAAACGUAUGUUUGCAACUUGACAAGAUACAUAAAUACAAUAAACUGAAACAAUAUUUCAAUAUA